GAUGUUAAGGAAGAGAAGAAAGAGAACGAGGGGAAGGAGGUAAAAUGAGAAAAAACGUAACAAAUACACUAAAGACAACCUUUCAAUUUUUACUGAUAAAUGUUGAAUUACUUUCUAGAUAAUCGUCAUAAGUUCUGACGAUGCUGCGGAGGACCAGAGGAAAAAGGUAAAAUUAUAAAAAUCGACAACAAGCUUUGAAUUUGAAUUCUACUUAAAAUUUAUUGUUGUUUCUGAUUGCAAGUUUUUGAUUGAUUGAUUGAUUGAUUGAUUGAUUGAUUGAUUGAUUGAUUGAUUGAUACAAGCAAGUAAUAGUAACAACCUCGUACCCAGGCUCUUUACACAACGCGCCUCGUAGUGGAAAGAGCCUGGGUACGAGGAUGUACAAGUAAGACAAAUAUACAAAGAGAAACUUUUCAUAGUUGAGUAUAUAAAAAAGUGUAAUCAAAAUACACAUCCGCUGUGAGAACUUGACGACCACUUUAAUGGUACAUCGUACCAUUAUUUCAUCUGAAAACUAAUAACAAAUGCAAAUAGGCCUAUGCAAAUACAAACUUUUACUUUUUUAUUGCAACUCUAUGUAUAGGAUGUUAAGGAAGAGAAGAAGGAGGAGAAGAACAUCGAUCCCAGGGAGAAGGAGGUAAAAUGAUAAAAAACAGUAACAAAUACACUAAAGACAAGCUUUCAAUUUUUACUGAUAAAUGUUGAAUUACUUUCUAGAUAAUCGUCAUAAGUUCUGACGAUGCUGCGGAGGACCAGAAGAAAAAG